AUGAAUAUCGAAGGUCAUGUCAGAAACUUUGAAACACAUGAACUACCAGCAAUGUUAGAUAAAAAAGCAGAUAAAGAACAUACACAUAACUCCUUCUCAACUGUUGCUAUAGAAAGUAUUGAAGGAACGGUUGGCAGAACUGGUGGGGAUGCAUUAUAUUAUAAACCUCCUAACUUUCCACAAGGUUUAACAUCGAAUGAAAACAUAACAACGAAGAAAGAAAUUAGCUGUAAAAAUGUUUAUGUCAUGGAUGAUGAAAAUAAUGUUAAAUUCACUGCUCAAGAUUUAUAUGAUAAGAAAGCCGACAAGAACCAUACACAUAAGUCCUUCACUACUGUUAGAGCAGACGACAUAAUAUUGAACUAUACCCUUGGUUCAAGUGCACCUUUAGAGAAUCCAAGUACAAGCGUAAAAGAUACACUAAACAAUUUAGAUAACAGUUGCAGGAAUAUCGAAGAUCAUGCCAGAAACUUUGAAGCAUAUGAACUACCAACAAUGUUAGAUAAGAAAGCAGACAAAACAGAGCUUCAAACAUUAAAGACUGAAAUACUUCAAACAUUAUAUCCUAUAGGCUCUAUUUAUACGUCAAUGAACUCAACAAAUCCAGCAAGUGUUUUAGGUUUUGGUACAUGGCAGCAGAUUGUAGACAAAUUCUUAUACUGUGCUAACUCUUCAAAGCAAACAGGAGGUUCGAAGAAAAUUACUGAAGCAAACCUUCCACCGCACACUCAUACAGGAACUACAAACACAACAGGUAGUCAUUCACAUUCAAUAACAAAAAGAGGUUAUACAAAUCUUGCAGCAGGUUCGGAUAGACAGGGAAUGCAUAGAUAUGAUAUUUCAAGUGACCCAGUAGAUUCAAGCGCAGGUAUUUUCUGUGGAACCGCAGGAAAUCAUGUCCAUACUUUCACAACAAAUCCAACAGGCUCGGGUGCAGAUUACAUGCCACCAUUUGUGACUGUAUUUGCAUGGUACCGCGUUCAAUGA